CAGUUGCCUAAAACCCUUGGGCGUUCUUCCUGCCGCCGGAGCCCUCCCUGCUCCGCCCCGCCGGCAUGGCGUCGCUCGUGCCCCGGCUCCUUCGGCGCCGGACUCUGCAACCCGCCCAGGUUCUACGCUCUCUACGUGAUUCUUGGAUGCGAUUGCCCGACGCGAGCUCCCCACGUCCUGCCCCAUUGCUCCACUGUUCCCCGGGGGAUGCUGGGUGUGUGUUAGCUGCACGAAGUUGGUGGUUUUACUCGCCUGUGAGGUACGGGAGCACGGCGGUGACGCUGAACACGGACGGUGGCUUUGCGCGGUUUUCGGUCGGAGACUCGGGCACGAGGCAGAAUGGGGGUCAGAAGCAGCCGCCGGCGAAUAAGAAGAAGAUGUCAAGGAAGUCCAAGGUCAACCAGCUCAAGUGGUUCCGACUAAAGGCUAAAAAGAAGAUGAAGUCGCCAAACCCCGAAGUCAGGAUAAGAUACAAGCUUGAAAAGGCUAAGAGGAAAGAAGAGUGGCUCAUUGAGAAACUUAGGAAGUAUGAGGUCCCGAGGGUUCCGGAGCCAGUUCAUGACCCUGAGAUUCUGACUGAAGAGGAGAAAUUUUACCUCAAACGAACUGGGGAGAAGAAAAAGAACUAUGUCCCUGUUGGGAGAAGAGGGGUCUUUGGCGGUGUUGUUCUAAACAUGCACCUCCACUGGAAAAAGCAUGAGACUAUGAAGGUGGUCUGCAAGCCCUGUCGGCCUGGCCAAGUGUAUGAGUAUGCCGAGGAGCUGGCGAGGCUCAGCAAAGGGACAGUCAUUGAUAUUAAACCCAAUAACACAAUUAUCUUCUAUCGUGGAAAGAACUAUGUGCAGCCAAAGGUUAUGUCACCUCCUGACACUCUUUCUAAGCAGAAGGCCUUGGAAAAAUAUAGGUAUGAACAAUCUCUUGAACAUACCAGUCAAUUUAUUGAGCAGCUGGAGAAGGAGCUUGAAGAUUACCAGAAACAUGUCAUUUUAUUUAAGAACCGUGACAGAGCUAUUCCCGAGAAAAUAAGUAACAAAGAUGCUAUUGUUGAUGACCUCACAACUAGUUCAGAUACUGAAUAAUCAUCUUCUUGAUCAAUCGACACCUCAGGUCUUUACGCAAUGAAGUUUUCUCAAGCUUGCUCUUAAAAUGGAAAAGGAACAACUAGUUGUUCAAGCCCUGAAGUAGUGCUGCAGCACACUAGGAGGGAUCAAGUACCAUGAACAUAAUUGUUUGAUGGGUCACACUGCAAGGUAGUAAAGUUCAGACUCUGCAUUUCCAAACUACGAACUUACAUCAGUUAUGGAUGCUAGUGGGUGAGAUGAGUCCUAUUUGCAACCUUGCAUCAGAAAUGGGCUUCCUUGGAGCUUCAAGCUAUUAAAAAUCAAUUUGGGUGUCUACUGGAAAUGGAUCUUCUCAACGGCUCAAGUGGAAACCAGUAAGUUCUCACCCAGAUCUCCACGAAUUAGGUCAUAGUAGCAUACAGCAGAUAGUUUUUUUUAGAAUGAAAUUUCCUUUUGUUAGGUUAUUAGUUACUAAUAUCAAGAGUUAAGUUCAAGUCUUCAAGAUCAUCUGAAAUGUAUAAUACUUGUGAACUGUCCAGCAAUUGGACCAGCCUAACCGUCGUAGUGGACUGACCAAUAAGCAGUAUAGAUGAAAUAUUAUCUUUGGGACUUUUUUGGUAACAUCUUGGGGACUUUAGUUGGAAAUUUCCCUGUAAAGUAACAAGUAAACAAGAAACAUUGAAAGCUCAUGGCUUAGAAGAAACCGUUUGUACUCUUACAUUUCUGGACAAACUAAGUUCAGGAUAGAAUGACGUUGAAGCUUCGAAAUUCUUGGUGCUGUAAAAAAACAAAAGAAAACUUUAGAAUGAGCUACUUCCACCACAUAAUUAGCCAUUGACAUUGCGAAGUCAUCUCGAAAUGUGUGAAUUGAUCCAAAGUAUUGAUACUCUGUAACCGGCACUUGGCAGGUUGCCUCACCUUGCAGAGAUUAUACAGUAAUCGGCCCUGUAACAGAUUAUUUUGUUAUUUGAAGUCAGUAUUUGUAGAUAUAUAUGCGUAUAGCGUAGCAAUAAGUGUCACAGCAAGACUUUUUGAGCAACAAUUAAAUAGUGUACGUACUUCUGCUGAAUCAAAAGAAACUGCUUGUACAUGUCAGUAAUUUAACACAACAAUUCGAUGAUUACUUAAAGAGUUCAAGUUGCACAACUUAAAGAUAGAGCGACACCACCACACUACAGCAACAACAGUUUAGAACCUUCUAGAACAGAUUAAAUUUGCAAUAACAUGCAGAAAAAGAAUUAGAGAGGAAUGACAUUAACAUGAGUACAUAAAUACCAAAUACAAGACAUGCAACUUUUGAAUGGCCUUUUAGCUAAUCAUGGCUGAUUAUGCCUAGUAAUGGACCUGUUAAACCUGGUUGUACCCAAACAUGGUAGAAAAUACUAAUAUACUAUUACUAACCUUCAAGUGUAAAUCUAAAGGCUAGGAAAAGGAUGGGAGUUCAAAAGGAAUUGAUAUGGUGGAGUUGUGGUUGUUAACAGAUUCGAACUUCUAUUGAAGAUGGACUAUUGUACAUGAAGUCUGAACAGUGAACAAAAUAGUCUGUUGUGUAGCAUUUGAUGUAAAUUUUACAAUGCAAAAAGAUUUACCUAAAACGGAGCUACGGAUCAAAAUUAUAAGCUCUAGAAGUAGGCUAAUCAAUGUAAAGGUGCUGUAAAGUUCUGCCGGAAUCAUGUCGCAGUAGAGAAUCGGCAAAGAUGAUUAGCCUACUCUAGAGCCUAUAACUUUUGAUCUGCAGCUCCGUUUUAAGUGAAUCUUUUUGCAUUGUAAACUUAGAUCAAACUCUAUGCAAUAGACUAUUUUGUUCACUGUUCCAAGUUCAUCUAUAGCAUUAGAAGUUUGAAUAUGUUAACAGCCAUAACUCCACCAUAUCAAUUCCUUUUCAACCACAACCUUUUCCUAGCAUUUAGAUCUAUACUUAAGGUAGUAUUUGUACAAUGUUUAGGUACUGUUAUAUUGGUAUUCAUGCUUUGUAUGUUCUUUCA